UGUGACACGCACAUCGCACGCCUGUUAACUUGAUAAAGUUAACCUUUCUCUGUUUGACUGUUUAUUUUCAUUCAUGAACUUAUUAAUCCAAUCCUCACAAUUAUUAAUUACAAGCCACAUAUUAUUCAUUACGAUUAAUUUUGAUAUUUUUUCAUUAUGACUUUAAAUUUUCGAGAAUUUGAUAAAGAUUCUUCUGACGAUAGUAGUGAAGAUGACAGUGAUCAUGAGGUGUCUGAAAUGGAGCAAGGAGUAAUAGAUUCAUCUGUUGAUACUGAAGAGGAUGAUGAAAAUGAAAAUAACAAAGAUGACCAAAACAGUUCAGAUGACAGUGAAGAUGAAGUUGUUAAAGCUAUUAAAGCAGAGAAAAAUAAGCCUCGAGACCAUCCUCCAAGCAUAAAAACUGAAGACUUUAUUGUAGAUAUUUGUUUCCAUCCAGCAAACAACAUAAUAGCUAUAGCAAACAUUGUAGGAGAUGUACUGCUUUAUGAAUAUAGUAAUGAUGAGACAAAUUUGCUUAAAACAAUGGAAUUACAUUUAAAAGCCUGCAGAGAUGUAGAAUUUGACAAUAACGGUGUUACUAUGUUUACUACAGCCAAGGAUAAAGCAGUGAUGGCUACUGAUGUAGAGAGUGGAAAAUUAAAACAAUGUUUUGAAAAUGCACAUGAUGAGCCUGUAUACAAAUUGUUCCCCCUCGAUUGUAAUAAAAUUGUUUCAGGUGAUGACAGUGGUACAGUUAAAUUGUGGGAUCUAAGAAGACAAGAUCCAAUAUUUACAAUAAAGAUUGGUGAAGAAUAUAUUUCUGACAUGAUCACAAAUGACGCCCAAAAGUAUCUUGUGUGUGCUGGAGGGGAUGGAAUGCUUACAUCAAUAGACCUAAAAGGAAGCAAAAUAUUUUCUAGAUCUGAACAAUAUGACGCAGAAUUAACUUGUAUGGGAUUAUUUCGUUCUGAGACAAAAUUGCUAGUUGGAUCUUCAGUUGGCAAAUUUUACUUAUUCAAUUGGAAGGAGUUCGGACUACAUAGUGAUGAAUAUAUUGGUCAGAAACAUUCAAUACAAUGCAUGAUCCCUAUUACACAAAACAUUGUUGUGUCAUCUGGCGAAGACGGCAUAUUAAGGGCAGCACAUAUGUUUCCUCAACGUCAACUAGGUGUUGUUGGUCAACAUAGUUUGCCGGUCGAAGCUCUUGACAUAAGCCAUGACGGUCAAUAUAUUGCUUCAUGUUCACACGAUAAUGAUGUAAAAUUUUGGAAUAUUUCAUACUUUGAAUCAAUUGACUCCCUUAUUGAUGUCAAUCAUAAACAUAACAAAAAGAAAGAUAUGAUAAACAACUUACCUUCAAGUAAUAUUAAAAAUGCUUCAGAUUUUUUUUCAGGAUUAGUAUAGUAUCAGUUCAUCAAAAAACCUAAUAAUUCAUUCUGGUUAAAAAAAAAUGUUUAACAUUCUUGAGUCAACACGUACUAUGUACUAUUUAAUUUGAUCAUCAUGAGUACAUACAAAUAAAAAUCAAAUUAAAUAGUAGUGGUAGAUAAAGGAUUAAGACAAUAAUGCAUUGGUGGCCUUGUAUACAAACAAGAAUAGAUUCUGAAAAAAGCUCUUUACAUUUGGUAGGUACUAAAAUGAAGUAUAAUAGAAAAGUUUUUUUUUAAUAUCAACAGAUAACAGUUAUACGCAUUAAAACUAUGAUUCAAAUACAAUUCAAUUAAAUUAAAGUAAGAAAUUUUCAAAAAUACUACUAAUAUAAUAAUAUACGAAAAAUUAUUUUUUUAUUAAAACUAAAAGUGUUGUAUGUGAUUGGCCCAUACUAUUUGAGACAACAAGUCAUUGUGCUCUUGCAUGUAAGCCCAUAACGGCAAUCUAAUAAAGGAAUCUACAUACCUACAAUUUAUGGUCUAAGACACUAUUAAUAAAGAUGUAAAAUUGCA